AUGUCUGACAAUUGCUGUGUGUCUAAGGCCCUGUACGUGGGUCUGUGUUGUUAUAUAGGGACACCGACAGACGUGACCGUCAGGAGGGAGGUGAUGGACAUGGUGGAGAUGAUAAUGAAACCUGUACAGAUAGAUAAUGGUAUGAGAAGGAUGGAGAGUGGUAGUUAUAGGGAAGGUUUUAGGUUUAAUUCUUCUGAUUUCGACACGAUGUUCUGGAUUACCAAACAUAAAGUGAUAACUGACCUAUCACAGUCCAGUGUUUAUGAUCUAUCAAAACAUUCAAUUAUUCUCAUGGAGGACAUUGAAACACCACCGGGGUUUGUCAGACUACAACUUCUGACGUCACCACUAGAUAGAACCAUUGAAAAUCCGACGGUCAAAACAAUGAUUGAACCAGUUAUAUGUAACAGUCUUCUCAGAAUAGAACCACUUCUAGGUCAUAUCAAGAGUGCUGCUGAUACCGAUUUUUGUAUCAGAUGGGAAAUACAUGAGAAAAGAUUUUGUCCUCAAAACAUAAGGAAUAAUUAUCUCAUACUGAGGUUUAUAACAGUUUUGAUAAAUCAAUCAUUUACAGAAUAUGAGACAUUAACAUUACAGCAAUGUAUGGCAGAUGUUUUAGUUGCAACAGCAUUUAUAAAUCUCAGUACUAGUAGUUUAUUAGAUAGUACAAAUAAGAAAGUUUACCGAUCAGACAGACUUACUAGUAACUUGUUGAAGCUAGCAGGUAGAGUGGGUGGUGUGUCUUGUUUGUUGUAUCUUGCUCUGUAUUACUACAGAACAUCUAGAUAUAGAGAGGGUCUUUAUGUUACAGCUGUGGUUAAAUCAAGACUCACUCAGCCCUACAUCUUGUAUCACACAGUAGACCGAGAAAGGUACAAUGAAUAUGUGGCUGGUUGGUCUCUGACUAAACGUAUGAAGAAAGCUUGGGUAUUCGAAGUACACAUGUUAAGCGUGUUAUGUAACUACAGACUAGGUAACCGGUCCCAGUGUCUACAGUCACUGACAGACCUACAGACACUGCUGCUCUAUGAUGACGGGAGAUAUGUACCUUUAGAUCUUAGAGAUAUCUCGUGGCAGAUACUGGGGAUCUGUCAACACGUUGUGGGGGACCUACACGGGGCGUUACAGUCUUAUCAACAGUCAAUGAGACAGAAACCAUGGAACAAAUUACAAAAUGCCACAAAAUAUAGAAUAGCAUUAGUUUUAAAUCAAUUGAAUUAAGUGAAACUGAACGUAACAAAAUAUUUCAUAAUAUUAGUUGAAAAAUAGAAUUGCAUUAAUAAGACUGUUUAUUAAUCUACCAGCUAAUCUUGCAUUUGGAUUGAUACAAAUGUUUUGGGUGGAUGUCUUGAGUAAAAAAAUAUCAGGCAAUGAAAAUAUGCAAUUUGCUGAUUGUGUGUAACAUGUGAGAAACAU